AUGUAACACUAACACAAACACUACCGCCAUGUUGAAUUUGAUAAGCGAUUUAUUUUUUGUUUAAUUCCAACAAAAGCAACAGAAACAGUUUUAGACUUUAGAAAUACUAUUUGCUACGAAUUAAGCCUGUUUCAAAGAAUUCAUAGUCGCGUUUACAAAUAAUUGUAACACUCAAUGUGGAUAUAAUGCGUACGAAUUGGCAACCGAGAUUGUAAUUUAAUAUGAAUUUAAUGACGAUUUUUGACAAUUGCACCCAUAGAUUACAUCAAAGAUAGACAAUAUAAAUUACAUGACAAUCGCAAUUGUCAAAAAAGUUGGAAAAUAACAAGUAGUAACCAUAACAGUUCAAAUUAUUAUUGUUAUUGUGAAUAAUAAACAUAAAAUACAAAUAAAAAAUACUAAAAGCAUGAUAAUUCACUAAUCAGAUUAAAAUUUGAUUUGCAAUUACCCUGGGUAUUAUAAAAAAGAAAUAAUGGAACAAACAAUUCUGUUGAACAAAUCUUACAAGCCAGAAUUGUAAAUUUCCAAAUUUGAACAAGCACCCACAGCUUGUUAUAAAAUGAUGUAUUUCAUUGUUUUAAGUAAUUAUUUUGAGGCUUAUUUUCACAUAAAGGUAAUCAUAUUUAAUGAGUGAAACUGUUAGGCCGUUUUGCUGUAAUUCAGCAGGUUGUACUAAAACAUUCACCAAUGAAGAUCACCUACGAGUGCAUGAGAAGAAACAUGAUAUUGGUUUAUAUAUAGGCAUUGAAACUCAGAGCAGUGCAGUAGAUGAGACACCUACACCAACAAGAUUUAUAAGAAAUUGUGAAGAAGUAGGUCUGUUUCAAGAUUUACAAAAUGUAAAUCCUUUUGAUGAAACCUUUCAAAAAGCUGCAGAAUUGGCCAAGUCUGGUUUGUUACAUGUUCCUGAGACCUCAACUGAUGAUAGUUUGCAUACACCUAACGUUCCUGCUCCUCAAGAAAACACUCCAACUUACAGUAACCAUAAAAAAGAAAUUUUAAAAGGUGAAUCUUUUACAUCACACCUAUCCAAAGAUGAAAUUGGAGACAAAGUGGAGAGUAUAUUGUUAGCUUGUUUAACUAAUGAUAAUGCUCAAACAUCAGAAUUAGAUCGUUUAUCAUCCACUCCAUCUCCUGACUGUUUAGUUAUUAAUGACGAUCAUGAUGUCGAUGUUUUAUGUAAGGAUAAUGAAGGUGUAGGAAACAAUAAGCAAAAUGAGACAUCUGCUAAUAAUUCUUAUUAUAAUGUUAAAAAUAAAUUAAGAGAAACUUUAGAAGGUAAAAUAAACAACAAUGGCAGUGUUUAUGAUAUAACUGCACAGAAAAAUAUAGAACUGAAGAUUGAAACAAUUAAGCAAUCUGUUGUAUUUGAUAGUGAAGUUUUUUUGCAAAAACCCAGAGAAAGACAAGCUAAAAAAGAAAUAAAUGUUGGUAACAGUAUAGAUCAAAACCACCUUGCACCUAGAAAAUCUUUGGAUAGAAAAGAGAUGAACAGAGCAGCUCAAUUUAGAAGUCGCCAGAGAAAAAAGCAGUGGAUAAGAAAAAUGGAAAAUGAAUUAGAUUACCUGAAGAAAGAAAAUAAAAAUUUGUGGUUGGAGAAUCAAAAUUUGAAAUUUGAAGUUAGUGCUUUAAAAAAGGUUUUCCUUCUCCACAAGGAUUGCUCUGUAUCUAGAGAUCCAAAAUUUGAUAAAGAAGUAACCAAAAUUUUACAUGAUAUCUAUGGAAAUGCGAAAAAAGAAGCAAUAAGCCCUAAUAAAAAAAUUAAAGUUGCACCCAUCAUGCCAAAUCCACAGCAACAGCCCAAGAACAAAANUAUAAAUCUGAUAAAAAAAAUUUCCGUUUAA